UCCUCUCAAAAUAUGUUAUUUCCGAUACAUUAUUAUUAUGUAGCCAGGAAAUUAAUAUUACACCUGCCGUUUCACCGUCAAUCACCUCGCAACCACCCCACCUUUGGGAGAACGGUUCCGCCGCGCCCACCUCGACCGUUUCCGCGAUGUCGACGGCGCACACCCCCGUAUUCUUUGAAAGACGGCGACGAUUGUGGCGACGGUCGCAGUAGGUUUUGAGCCAACCGAAUAGGCUUCAUCCGCCGCAAACAGUGACAGUUAGCGGAUUCUCUUCUAAAGCUAAGGCUAGUCGCGAUCCGUGCUUCUCUCACUAGACCACGAGUCUUGUGGUUAGACGGUCGCGUAUUCCGUAGAUUUGUACCAAACGAAGUUUUGUGACAAAAAUUACGUAAAAUCAGGUUUUGUGUUGUUAUUGUGGGGUGUUGUUAUUUUCAGGACCUUCGUUCACGAUGGAUUGUAUUGAGAUCUGCCCAGAAAAUGAAGUGAGGACGUUAUUUGUGAGUGGCCUACCAAUGGAUGCCAAGCCUCGGGAAUUGUAUUUGUUAUUUAGAGCGUAUGAGGGUUACGAAGGAUCGUUGCUGAAGGUCACGAGUAAAAAUGGUAAAACGGCGUCGCCAGUUGGCUUCGUGACUUUCAACACCAGGGCCGGAGCGGAAGCAGCCAAACAAGACUUGCAGCAGGGCGUAAGGUUUGACCCCGACAUGCCACAGACCAUCCGACUGGAGUUUGCUAAAAGUAAUACGAAGGUUAGCAAACCCAAACAGCAAGCUGCUAACGCCGCCAACACGCACCCAACUUUGAUGCACCCCCUCACCGGACACCUGGGAACGCCUUUCUUUCCUGGCGCGCCCGAAUUGUGGCACCACCCGUUGGCAUACAGCGCAGCCGCCGCGGCUGAACUGCCCGGUGCUGCCCUUCAACAUGCCACCCUGGUACACCCGGCGCUACAUCCCCAAGUGCCGCCCCCGAUGACAAUGCCGCAUCCAACUGCUCUAACAUCUGUACACGCGGCAUCGUUGCCUCAUUUCUUACCGAGUCCUGCCUUGGCUUCUCCUGUAGGUUCGUCAUCUUCGCAACCUGGCAUGGGAGUAAGCAACCCACCUUGUUCCACGCUCUUCGUGGCCAAUUUGGGACAAUUCGUAUCAGAGCAUGAGCUUAAAGAAAUAUUUGCAAGCUUCCCUGGCUUCUGCCGCCUGCGCAUGCACACCAAAGGUGGAUCCCCAGUCGCCUUCAUGGAAUAUCAGGACGUGAGAUGCGCUGCACACGUCAUGGCUGCCCUCCAGGGCUCCUUUCUUCUUUCCUCGGACCGCGGACCCAUCCGAAUCGAAUACGCCAAAAGCAAAAUGGCUGCAGAGGGAACAAAAGGAGAAGAAACUGGACAAUCUUAAUUCUUACAUGCCUCUAACUACUUGACAGCAUUAUAACAUGAUGGUGAUUACCGGACACUGCUGAGGAGUCCAGAUAAAAAUAAAAAAAAAACUAAAAAAAAAAAAUAAGAAGCGGCUGUUGUUGCAACACUCUUAUAGAGAAACUUUAAAUCUAUCUCUGUUAACUGUUGUAGUUUUAAUAUUUAGGAAAAAUAACAGGACAGUAACGGUUCACGGGUGUCCCCAAAAACUCAUCUCGCAAAACUAAAAAGGGUAGUAAAAUAAUUUUAGAAAAUUUACAUACACUGAUGAUGUACGUAUGGUCCAAGAUAUAAUCGUAACUUUGCUUUUAAAUAAAAUGUAAUACAAUUUACUUUUACAGAACACGACUUUCUAGGAGGAACUGUAACGAAAUAUCCGUUAUUUCUUAACUUGGUACAUAUUUCGUUAAUUUUUUUCUCAACUUUGUUGUUAGUGUCAAUAAUACGUACUACCUACAACAUAAUAAUCAAACAAGUGAAUUAAAUCAGAUUGUAGUCACAUUGUAAUCACUGUCAUUAUUAAUCGUUUUCAACAAUCAAAAAUACCAACCAGGUAUUUCUAAUUCUUUUAAAAACAAUUUUUACAAAAAUACAUGUUUAAAUUAUUGGGUGAUAUAUAAUGUUUUUCAUCUUUUGCGUUAUUUUGGGGGUUAUUAGCACGGUCAUUACUGUAGUUAUCGUCCUUACUAUGGUUUAUCUGUAAAGUUUUCCCUUAAUUUCGUUUUCCCCUUUUAAUUUUUUUCUUCUUUAGUACCUUUUCUUUAAUCUUUAGUAGCUUGCAAUAACUCCACUACACCGUUAUUGCCCAAUUAGAUAAUUUUUAUUCGUGCUUUUUAUUAUUCCAAAUUCUGUUUUCCCAUUGCAGACUUCUGCCUAAUACAUUUCUUCUGGUACUUCCUCCUCAGUUAUCGCAGCUGAGUAGGUACGUGACUAUAGAGUCUACAGAGAUUUUGGUAGGGCCUUGUAAAACUCAGUUUUAGAAACAUUGAGAAAUAGUUGCUUUUCAAUUCAGUGUUACAUUGCAACUCAAUAAGUUUGAGCUGCAAUUCUGGUUUUACCGAUUCACAGUCAACAUUAAACUGCAUACUGAAGAUGUGUAGGUCCUGUUCGAUAACUUUAAAGUCUUGGAUUCUUCGCUUAAAUGUCUUCAUCAUAACGAUGAAGACAUUUCACGCUUUCCUCAUAACUUUUGAAGCUGUCUUCCCUAACUGUAAUAUUUUUAGCUUUGGAAAAUGAGUAAAAUACCUUCUUUUUUGCCUAUUUGUUUAGAAAAUAGAUUUACUUGCAUUUAGAAAUUCCAAAUAUGAUGGAUCAAUUAAUUUCUUCCCUAAAGUUCAAUUUAUUGAUGUGACUGAGAUCUGUAAAAAAUGCAUAGUCCGAAAACCAUCAAAAAUCUUUUAACUGUUUACACUCAUCCAUUCCUUUUUCUUCCAGGGCAGAGAUUGUUUGAAAAUCCCAAACGCGAUCAAAAAUCCUAUCUGCAAUUACAUGUCUUACUUUAGUGUAGUAAAGUACAUCAGAAUAUUCAAACUGCAAUGCAUCAAGAAACUGGUGUAACUGUCUAUGAUUGAGAGCUUGUGAACGAAUAUUAUUGACAAGCUUAACAACAUUAAGCAUAUUAUGUUUCAGAUCUAGAGCAGAUUUACACACGGCGUCUUAAUGUAUGAUACAUUAUAGAAAUACUACUUCGAUCCCAGGAAAUGAUUCCUGAAACAUGUCUAGGAAACCAGAUUUUGCCCCUUUCAUAUUUGACGCUCCAUUAAUAGUAAUGUUACAAAAUAUUCCUUACAGGUAUUUUCAAAGAUCUGAUCAUGUGGUUUCAUUAAAUUCUUGAAAAAUAUCUGAUUCUUUUGUCGUUUCCUUCAUUGGACGCAUAUAAGGUAAUUAUUCAGUAACAAAAGUUUUCAUUAACACCUCUUAUAAGAGGUCUAAGAGGCAAGAGAGGGAAACAUUUAAAAUGCAUUUCUGUUGAAGUGUCUGAUGUCUUCUGAUUGAUAAUUAUGGCCGCUGGGUUUAAUUAAUUGAGUAUUAGAACCAAGGCAGUGGACUGUAGUAUGAAAAGUAAAUAUAUGAUAUAAAAUAAUGCACUUAGUAUGAAAACGUGAAGAAAUUAUGUGUGUUCGUACGUAAAUGUCAAGAAAUUAAUCUGGCUAUAUUCAUAAAUUGUAUUAAUAUUCAAGAGAUCAGCACAUACCUUUAAUGUUUAGCUGAAGAGCGUCCCUAGGGAAUGCUACGUAAUGUUGAAAUUGGCGUCGCUGUGGUCGUGGUCGUGACGAAAGCGUAUUCUAUCGUAAGAAUUGAGGUGAUGCAACGCGCUCGACUUGUGUCUUGGUACUACUAUGCCAAAUUCUUCCGCUCUUCCUAAGGAACCAGCGAAGCGUCGGGAUAAUAAAUUAUCAACGCAUAUGACACAUUGAAGGGCAUGUGUUUCAACGAUGCCUCCGUGUGUGGCGAGAGUGACCUUUGUCCGAAAUAUCUACCCAAGAUAUGAAACAACCAGUGGGUAUCUUCACAGGGAGGUAUUAAAUAAAAUAAAUAUCAAAUAAGAUUAUAGGAUUUUUAAGAGAUUAAUAGUAGUACAUAAUUAAGUAGUCCUAUGUUAUAUAUAAAAGUAAACUAAUAAUGUAAAAUAUUAAAAUACUUGGCAUACUUUCCCAAACAUCUGUGUUGCGUACUUUUUGAGGUUUGAAUACUGAUUGAAUAGCCCGAAGGGCCGCACUUGUCCUGCGGGCCGUACUUUGUCCAUGUUUGCUUCUUAUUCUGCUAUAGAGUCAAUAUUCGAAGCGUUCACUAUUUUUUAUUGGUUGUGCUUUUAUGCUCGUGGUUUUGCUUACCAGAUAGUAAUUCGUAAUAUGGUUAAUAUUCGAAAAGCUUUUAUCUCAGUUUUCUGUGAAAUUUCUUCACCUGUCUCCCUUUAGUUUAAAUUUUGGUUUGUAAAAAUGUGCUACUUGUUUGAAAAAUACGCAUUAACAUAAAUUUUAUAGGUUGCAUCACGAUAAUGUUCAACUUAAUUUUGCAGUACCAAUUAGAAAGUCCUGUCAUUUUUUGCCUACGUUUUAUUUAUUGGUAAAGAUACAACCUAGAUCUAUUUACCCUUAAGUCUAAAGUUUCUUUUGUAAAUUUCUAAAAAAGUUUGCGAUGUAUUUAAGGGGAUAAUUUUCUAUAACUGUCUGUCCGUGAACCUUUUUAACAUACGUGAUAAGUAUAGGUAAACUGCAUCAAGCUGAAGUUGAUCAGAUUGCUUCAAUACUUCAUUUUCUUAAUAUAUAAAAUGAAAUUUAAGCUAAACCAAAGGUGCCCUAAAAGUUAAGUUUUAUAUUUUAUUAGAUUUUUCCAAGGUGUAAGAAAAUGUCUAUUUCUCGGGUUUCAUUAUUCAGGACAAAGAUCUUCACUUCGAAGUACGAACAUUGGCUAGAAGUUCCAUGUUUUAUACGUCUGAGCUUAUGUGUUCAACAUGCAUGGAACUUUGUUUCUAAAAAAACAUGUAUUAUAAAAAUUUCUAACAAAUUAUCGAAGUGUUUUUGGUUUUGUGAUAGAAAGUACUGUAGUAGUUUCCUUACACCCUGGAAUGACGUUUUUGUCGAGCUUUUUUUACUAGUAGUACCUAUUGAUAAUCAUCUGAGAAUAGUAUUUAUACUUUUAAUAUAUUUCUGUUUUUAAAUGUAUAGCAAUAAACCAAUGACUAAAGUAUAUAAAAACAAGCCAGGAUGACACUCAUGUGGCAGGUGUCAAAAAAGCUUAAUAAAAAGCAGACAUAUCAUUAAUUUUAGCAUACUCUAAAAUAAGUAAUUGGAAAUUUUCGCGUAUAUUCGGAAUGAUAAGUUUUGCUCCGUUUAAAAACCUAAUUCUCUGGCGUUUAUUCGGUAGUGAAGAAAAAUUUGGACUUAAAUAAUCCUGAAUGCACGCCAAUGCAUAUCUAAGACAUUUAGAAAAAAUAUUUCUCAGUGGGUGUAAUAUUUUAAAUAAGUAUUUAAACUCUGGGAAAAAUAAAAAAAAAUUGACACUACUACAACUCCAAAAUUUGGUAAUCAAUUUUUAAAAAUUAGAACUGUUAUAAACUUAGUUGAAAAGAAAAUAACCAGGACUUGAAAAUUGCGGGUUCAGCUUUAAGAUUUUCAAAAACAAUAACAAACUUUAACAGGGUAGUCUGAUUGGAACUAAUUUUUUUAAUUGUGAAUAGAAUAGGAACAUUAUUAUCUUAUUUAUGGAUUGUCUGCCGUCUGUGGAAAACGUGUUCAUAAAUAAUUAUUAUUCAUGUUAGACUGUCGGGUAUUAUAUAGUAGGUGUCUGAGAUAUCGAAUAAAUAACAGGAUCGUUGGAUUACAUCUUUACUUGUCCUGAAGACAUUAAAAGAACAUUAAAAGCUUUACCCGAAACAGAAGCAGUGUAUCAAAAGAAUAAAGAAUGUUCUGUUAUGAGAAGUCCAAAAUGCAGCCUUACUACACCUGAUAAUUAGAAAGCAAAAUUUGAACGUUACACUGUUGUUUAGAGAAGUAAACUGUAGGUUAUAUAGACGCCUGCUGUGCUUAUUCCAGAGUGUUCUAUUUUUUCUAUCAAUGUUGUCACAUACAUAAAGAAUGAAAUACAUAAAGAAAUCCGAAAAAGAAUUAAAGUAGCAAAAUACCGAUGGCUACAAGAAUCCUGUUUAGAAAUUGAGAACUGGAGCAAAGACACAAUAGAUUCCAUUUGCAUAAAAAACUAAAAGAAUUAACAGGCAAAAGCAGAAUUUACAGGCAAAAUAUAUUACAAGACUCUGUUAGUAGAAUUUUAAGUGAUAUUAAAAAGCGCUUUACCGAGUGGGAAAUAUACAUAAUAGAAUUAUUUAAAGAUAUCAAAAAAAAUCUACCAAGAAAUAACAUCUACCCAGAUACAGGUUCAUCGAUUGUAAUCUCAGAAGUUCAAAUAACCAUCGUUCAAGUAAAACGAAGAAAGGCUUCUGGUCCUGCCGAAAUACCUACAGAAUUGUUACAAGUACUAGAUAAUGAGAGCGUUGCGGUUGUCACCUCCUUCUUUAACAAGAUAUGGAGCAGCGGCAAAUUACCAGACAAUUGGUUGAAAUCAAUAUUUGUUUUAGUUGAAACCAAAGGAAUAAUCAGACAGUGUAGUAACUAUCAACUUAUCAGUUUAAUGAGUCACACGCUCAGAAUUUUUAAAAAAAUUGCAUUGUCGCAUAUUUAUGUAUAAACUUUGUGAGGGGAUAACUGGUGAUAAGCAGUUUGGUUUCUGACUAAUAGUGAUGUUAUGCCUAACUGAACCAGGUUUUGAGACAGCGUUAAAAAAUCGUCGCGGAGGUGUUAAAAUCGAUGGUGAAAUUAUUAAUAGCAUGAGAUACGCAGAUGACACCGCCAUAAUGGCAGGGAGUCUACAAGACCUUCAAACCCUGUUGAACGCUGUAAACAACGAAUGGUCUGAAACGGGUACAACAAGCAACGUAAAUAAAACAAAAUUGAUGGUGAUGGGAAAAUUUAAUAUCGAAGACUCUGUACUAAAAUUAGAUAACAAAAUCUUGAAAAAGCUGAAACACUUUAGAUAUCAACCAGGAUAGAUAUAUAGAAAGUGACGAGGAAAUUUUGACCAGAAUAGAACUUGCACGAAAAAGCUUUAUCAACUAAUGUUGUAUAUUGUGCAGUAUAAGUCUAUCAUUGACGACACGUCUAAUGCUGGAUUUAUACUCAGCCAUUGCCACUGCUGCUGCCGUUGCCGGAAAUAUUGCCCGAAAUACGAUAUCGACGCGAGUGAGGUGUUCACAUCAGUUCCUCGCCAAUGUCCUCACAACUCAUUUACCGAACGACUCUCAAGAAUGGAAUGUGACGACAGCAUCGUCUUGCUCCCUUACUCACUAGCCGCUUUGCCGGCUGCAAGUGAGACAGAGAGAGAAUAGUUGAAUGUGAAUGCUUACUCGCGCUCGCGCUGCCAGUCCUUUGACUUCCAUCUCGAAAACCGACUUUUGAGGGAGCGCCGUGCAAUGGCAGUAGCAUGAGCAGCAGCAGCGCGAGUGAGCUAUUUACACAUUCACGCUGCCCACUUUCCUGCCCAAUUCCCUGUCCAACAGGACUGAGUGUAAAUGCGGUAUUAGAGUAUUGUCUGGUCCGCUUUAUUUUAUGGAUAUGAAACCUGAACAAAAAUAAAAGAUAUUAAUAAAUUAGGAGCGUUCGGUUUGUGGUGUUACCGUCGCAUGCUCAGAAUCCCAUGGAGAUCACACAUAUCUAGCUAACGUGUACUAGAGACCAUGCACAAAGAGCAAGAAUUGAUCAAAAUCAUCAAAAUUAAAAAGGUCCAGUACUUCGGUCAUAUAAUGAGAAGACCUAAACAUCGUUUACUUCGGUUGAUCAUUCAUGCAAAAUCAAAGGAAAACGCUGGCUCGGAAGAAAACAACUAUCCUGGCUGCGUUACACUAUAUGGUGGUUGGGGUUGAUUACCCCCGACGAGAAAGUUGAUAAAGUUGAACACUAUUUACUAGACAUGUAUUUAUUUGCCAACACUAAAUAUACCAGUAACGAGUUGGUGGGCAAAGCCUAUAUUCUAACUACUUGAUGUCUAAAUAAUGAAUGAUGAAUAAAGAAUGAUCUCUGCAAUACUUUAUCCGUCUCUAUAAAUAAACUCGUAAUUGUUUUGUUAUGAUUUUGACAACACGAUUGUGACCGUGAAAUACUCAUAAUAUCAAAAUCGCUGACUGAGGUGUUCUCGAACCGAUUGGCCUACAUUGUGAAAUAAAUAUCACCCAGUUAUUUUACUAUAAACAAUAAUGUUUGUAAUAUAAAUCCUGUACAACUAUGUCUACUCAUGUGAUUAAGAAUCCAGAACAUAAUUAGUCGGAGAUUAUUAAAAUUGCAAAUGAUAUGCGUUACUUUGACAUUGCCCUUUUUAUGUUCUUUUUAUGUUUCAAGGUUUUGUCUAUAGUGGCUCUGAAAAAUUGACUAUUCAUCAUUAAUAUGAACAUUUUGACUUUUGACAAAAAUCGUCACCAGUCUUGGGGUAAAAAACAUUUCAGUAGUUCGUUAUCGUUAACUAUUUUAUACAUUGAUUACGUUGAUUAUGAAAUGCCCAUCUUGUAUAGAUAUGCAUUGAAAAUUAGUUUUUUUACGAAAGCAAAACAAACCAACUUUCCUAAAAGUUAUCUGCCCUUUUCCAACAUUACCGGCAACGCUAUAAAAACUAUAUAUUAUAAUCCCUUAUUUUAAAAACUUAAUUUUUGAUAAUAUUAAAAUAGAUGAAGCUUUUGCUUACUUCUAGAUAUCUUUAUUAGUAAUACUGAGCAUUUGUUAUCUUGCAAUCUCAAAAAAAAUGAUAAUGCAUGAAGUUAUAUUUAAGGAAAAUAGAAGUUUUAUAGUUUUUUAGUAAUAGACUUAUUGAUGAUAUCUCAGUUUCAAGUUUGUGAGAGGUAAGAAAAGAGCAACUAUUGACUAAAUUAUGAAUGUAACUAAACCAAAUGCGUUGUUUUGUCUACACUUUCUUGCGAGUCAAAUUUUCAAUUUUUAAAUACUAAUAAUUUGACGUGUCCCCUAUUGUAUUACCAUCUUAUUUCUAAACUAAAUUAUCGCAAAGGUUUAAAGGAACUCUAGGAAGGAAUAAAAUAAACAUUUGGUUUUAGAGUAUGUAUGUCAAGUUGCUCUAAAAAUAUGUUCAUUUUUGUACCUUUUUGAAGAACGUAUGUACCUAUAUUAUUGUAAAAAGAAGAAACAAAAAUUAUUUAUAUAUUCAAUAUAGUCAUUUAUCUAUUGAGAAUAUACAGUGAAAUAUUUUAUUAUUCAUGGACAUACAAUUCGUAUGAUUAUGUUCAAACUUCAAGUUCGAAUACUUUUUAUUUGCUCUAAGUGCUUACUUUACAAGUUGUUAUAUUGUUCAAUUUUAGAAAAUGUUGUGAAAAUUAGUUUUUUAUGAUUCUGUAAUUCUGUGGGUGUACUUUCCCGUUUAAGUUAUAAAGUGGAAUAUAAGUUACAUUCUCUCAAUUUCUCUAUAGGUUAAGUUGAGAAAUUAGAUGCUGAAAUUACUUUUUAUUACAAGUACAUACAAAGAAUAACUAGUUAUCAGAAAACUAUGAAGAUGGCAUUGGAAACUAUUACAUUAAUGGACUAGAUACUAUGUCCAGAAUUUUUUUUAUUUUUUUUUAUUUAUUUACGCUGUAACCACAGGGGUUAUUAGCGAUCUAAAAAAUAUAACAAAAGUAAAGUUAAUAAAAAUUACAAUAGGUGAUACAGUCCAGAGUCUUUAAGAUAAUUUAUAAUCACCACCACAUCGUAGGAACCAAAAAACAAUUCAACAUAUUGAUCAUAGAAAUAAAAUACGAUGAUUAGACAGGAGAAAACCAGAUCCUACAGCUCUUAAACAAAUAUCUACAUAGUAAUCUAUAUGUACACUAUAACACUGUACACUUUAACGGGUAGGUAUACUAUACGCCAGACUCAGAAAAACUCAAGUUUGACCCAAAUAAAAAUAUAGGUAUUCAAAAUAAAUAAUAAAAUAAAAUUUGUGUUUUUGAUCAAUACUGAAUCAGGAGGAGAUCAGUAAUUCUGCUUGAGCUCCGUUCUUUAGCUGUAGCUUGGGUCACAGCGUUUUCAAUCAUUUUUGCGAUGUUCCAUCAUCUCAAGUACGCAUCGGUGGUAGUGGUGGGCCUCAGGUGGGAACGUAAGUUUGCUGAAAGAUGGCAAGCUGGCGGUGAACCCUGGCGGUGACGUCAUUACAAUACUCUAAUCUAGUUUUAACAACCAAUAUUUCCGUCAGUAGUAGAUCACGAGGUUUCUAUGAAUUAACAUAUAAUCAUAACAUCAACACUUAACAGAACAGAAAGUGUACAAUGCAUUAUUUUCUAGGAGUUUUGUGCGAUGUUAUAUGUUUUGACUUUUAUGAGCCUUAAAUAAUUUUUGUUAUUCUUUUUGCUCAGAACACGAUUGAUUUUAUAAAAGGGGCAAUUUUUCCGCGUCAAUUAAAACAAAAGAGAUUCUAAAUUGCAAAUCCAGUCCAACUUUCCAAUUGUGUCUUAAACCUGUCAAAUAUAGGUACAUAGCUCUCGGUUAACCAAAGCUUAAGUUAAGUAAUCCUUAAUAUAUUAAUAUAUUUAUUUAAGACAAGUUGUAUUUUAUAUUUACUAAUAGUUUUAAUGUAUUAUUUUUGUAUAAUUUUAUAAUUUUUUACAACCACUAACUGCUGAUACAUCAGUCGAAAAAUGUAAUGUUGAACAUUUUCUGCGGAACGAAUCAAAGCCAAGAACGCAAUAAUUAUUAUAAUUUUCUUAAAAUAACUAUCGACUCGGUUUACAUGCGUAUGUAAUAUGCAUUUGGGUUUAUUUACUUACAGAAAUCUUAUAAUGUACUACCAUAUUUCUAAUAGACUCAUUAAUAUUAAGUUUAACGGGGUUCUGUUGUUCGAGGUGUAGAAGUACAUAGACAAGGGAUCAUUCCAUUAAACAUGUAGGUCCCUUGUUUACAGCAUUUCACGCCUCGGACAAGAGCACCCUAAUGAGUCUCUUAGAAAGAUGGUAGUACUAUAUAAACUUCAUAAAGAUAUGUUUUUUUCCUGAAGAUCUUUGGAAAGCUGGUGAUCUAGGUUUGAUUCGUUCUGUAUUUUUCUCUUAAGUAGGUUAUAUUCUAUCGUAGUGUAGUGCUUUUUGUGUGAAGUUUAUGUGAUAUAUCUAUUAUUAUCAUUAUAGGUGUAUUUUUAGAUUGGGGACUAUGAUCCCUUACUAGGUAAUGUCCACGGUAAGCAAUCUGCGUUUACAAACAUAAAAGUAAAUACAUAAAUAGCGAGGAUAGGGCUUUGUUCUAAAGUUUAUGAAAAUAUUUUUAAAAGGUAACAUUUUUAAACUUAGGAACCAUUUUUUGUAGAGUGUCAGCCUACGUAUUAAAAGUCAAACAAAAAAUGUUGACUAGCCAUCUCGUGCUUAAAUUACUACAUCCAAUUUUGCAAAAUUAAAUUUUCCUGCCUGUUAUUUUACCAUUAUUUAUAAUUACGUAUUUUACAAAAAAAUUUGACCUCGUAAGUAAUUUUUACCAGACAGAUUAAGGUAAUGAUCAUUCCUAAAUAUAUAUAUUUAUUCAACAUUAACAUAUUAUUUAGCAUGAACACCAUAAUCGAAGAGAUUGUCGAUAUAGACAAUAGAUCUUAACUAUUACAAUUCAAGAAAUCAGUAUUUUUAUUGUCCAGAUUACCUAUUUAGUUCUAAUACAGCGCAUGAUUCCCAUCGAAUAAUUUCUUGCCUUAUGGUUUCGGACAACUUAAUUCUAGACCCACAAUUUGGGGUAACUGAGACACCAACAACAACGUGCGGUCACCGGUGACACAUUCUUAAAAACUCUUCAAAUUUACCUUGGAAAGAAAAAAAUUUAGUGUUAUGAUGCAAUACAAAAGAAUUGAUUCCAACGAAUCUAACAUUACAUAUAAAAUUGUUAAAGACCGGCUUCUAGGUUUUCCGGCAACUGUUUUUGGGUGAAAAACCUGGUCAAAUGUAUCGGCCCCACCGUUAGUCGAAUUGUAGAACAUUGUAAUUUCUGGCUUUUUUGUGUCCAAAUUUAUAACGUCUUGAAAAUUAUUAGAACUUGACACCACGCAUGUUUUUUCUGAUACGUGCGAAACGAAACUAAUGUCUUUUGAAACAGCCAAAUCUGACGAAUGAUGAGUUUAUUUUCAAGCAACUUCUGUGCUAAUUUGAAUGAAGAAAACCAAUUAUCAUCCAUCGUAAUGUUGCGAUUUGUUAUUACUAUUAUACAUUUGAUAACUUCAUGACAUAUCGCGUUGGAGAUGAACCACCCUGAAGGUUUCUAUUUGGAUCUUUUCUAGUACAGCAAAUAGCAGAACAUAUGUAAUAGGUCUUUGCGUUACAGAUUAAUAAUUUUGAGACCUACCAGGUUUUUUGCAUCUUGAGCUCUUCCUUUUGGACCAGGCCACUGACAACUAUUACGACCAGAAAAUCCGAGACGAUUUUCUGUAGGUUUCUCGGUAGGUUUUACGUUCAUAACGUCCUCAUUGUUUUCUGUCUCCUUCUGUACUUCUUGUAAUGUAUGUAGGAAUAUUCACCAAGUAUAGAGUCGAUGACUAAACAGCCAUCCUCGUCUUCAACGUUUUUCUUCAUCUAAAGAAUUUGGUGACGAAUAUCUUCAAUUGAUUCGUCUUUGUAUAGCUCGUCCCAAAAGACUUUUUCUGUAAAAAUGACCCUUUUAUCAUCAAUUUUCCUAUAAUAUUAAUAGAUGGGACAGACCAAUCAACACUCGAUCCGGUAAGGUACGGCUCAGCGAUUAAUCAAUACUCCUCGCUGCAAGAGGACGGUUAGGUCUUAAAUAUACACUUUAAGAGCCCGGUUGGCCUCCAGUCAAUACCUUUCGGCCAUUGGAAUCGCCAGAUCAAUACUCCAGCUGAACUCCCCUUGUGUUGCCCUUUUAUAUCGUUGUCGGUGAUCCAUCUCCACCGUAUGUCGAAUGGAAGUGGUAGAUAGUAAGAGUUUGCCAAGCCAUCGUUACAAAGAUAAAUGCAUUAUUUCAUGAAAAAUGAGACUUAGUUAUUGUGUUACCUUUACCAAUAUUAUCAUUUACUUUAGAUACAGCCCCUUGUCCAAAAUUAAACUUAUGAAUAGCUGGUAUCGUAAAAUAUAAAUUAGAAAAUAAAUUUUGUAAUGGACAGUAGAUAGCGUAUCGUGGUUAUAACUGCAGAUAAAAAACAUGUCGCUCUCCCAUAUCAUUUUUACUUCAAUAUCAUCUAAUAACACCAGUUGGCUCAAAAUAUCUUCGUUAUGGAUUUACUAUAAGAAACUAAUAGGAAUGAGGUUUUCGUCUCUAGGAACGAUUUCAAGCUUAUUGUACACACGAGGAUUUGGUCAAAGUUUGUGUUUCAAAAGUAACUACCGUUUUAAGGAAUAUUUUGAUCUCUGGUUUUACGCAGGGUGGUCGUACUAAAUUACUAUUUUAAUAGUCGAUAAUAAAAUAAUUCAAAACGUUUAUUUUUCCAAUAAUUAAAUAAUUAUACUAAAAAAAAUUGUAAGUUCUAUGGUUUAUAUGUUAAAAAUUAUUUCACAUGUAUCUUCUGAGAACACAACAUUUUUGUUAACAGUUUUGCCUAUUAGUGUUACGAAGAAAACACAAAUUUAACAACUAAAUAACUUUGAUAAAUACUAUAAAUAAUUUUUUAUACGAAUUUGUUUAAUAUCACGCAAAAUAACAAUCUGUAUGCUAGUUUUUUUGGCUUAACAAAUAUGUUUUUAUUGACGUGGUAUGGUCUCUAUCAUUAGAAUAUUUCUUCUUCUUCUUGGAUCAGGCGAUACACUAUUUCUUUGGGACUUGGCCGUACAAUCUUUGUACCAAAUUCUGUCUAUUAAUUAAAGUUCACCAAGAAGUCUUCUACUUUGAAUUAAAGCCAUUAAUUUUCUUACGGGAGGUGCAGGAUUUCUUCUGGCUCAAUACUUGGAUUUCCUGUAUGUGUUUGUAUUAUGUCACAAAGCAAUUUGUGGUCAGAGAAGUCUUCAUCAAUUAUUUUGCAUUUGUGUACCGUAGUGUAUUCAGUCGUUAUUGUAGCGAUAUUUAUUCAUUUGGCGGUAUCCAAUUAAUAUUUCUAUCAUUGUCGUCAAAACAUUUCUAUCAUUUCUAUCAUUGUAAAAAAUCAUUUGACUAUACAAAGGAUUAAUGUUGCUAAUAAUUUUCGAGUUUAUUCCUGUAGUGCUGUCAAGCUUCUGGGUCGUUUAAUUUGUAUGGAGAGCUUUCUUUUUUCUAGCUAGUUUGUUUCGUUGUGGCACUGAUAGAGACAGUUUAUUGUCUGGUAUUAGUGCAUUAAGGAGAUCCAUACAGUUUUUGGCCAUUACUCUACCAGGUUGUCAUUGCAAUCAAAUAGUAGGUCAAAAACUGGACACUUAUACUUCAAAGUGUUGUCUCAAACUAAAGUAGGUACUCCGUGAAUUUGAUUGUGUGUCCAAGGACACCUAAUCCAGUGUCCUACAUAGGUUUUGGCCCAUCAUUAUCAUCAUAGUCAUUAACAUCUUAGCAGAUGUGUUGUGUCAUUAACAUCGUAGCGGAGGUAUUGUGGUUCAUCAUUGAGCUUGAGCAGCUCGGAUAGUUUGAUUAAUGAUAUUUCUCCAUUGAUGGCUGAUAUCUGUUACAUGUACUACCUCAGAAUAAUGUUUCUUGAGUAGCUUUUUCGUAAUGUCUGCCCGUCGCUGUUGAGAUAUGUCGCAUUGGCGUUGACUCUGAGGCCUUCCUUGGACCAUCAAUCCUUCCAUUUUUUUUAUCGCUUCGAUGGAUAUGACCAAAGAACUUCUAAAAUUCUAAAGUAAACAUUAUUAUAAAACCGUUGCUUGGAUUUAAGUUAAUAUAGAACCGAGACAUUCGUACGUCGAAUAGAAUUCGAAGCAGUCAUCUUCAUGUCCACAUUUCAAAAGCGUGUAUGCGUCGUCUAUCUGAUACUUUGACUGUCCAUGUCUCGCAUGCAUAGUAAAAUAUGGAAACGAUCAGGAGUCUCUUCUCGUUUGCCAUAGUAAUGUAAAGAUCACGCCAUACCCCGUUUAGUUCAGUCAUUGCUGCUCUUGCUAGAUGUAUGUAUGUUCAGAUGUCGGGUUCACAACUGCAUGUGUUGUUAACUAGAGCUCCAGGAUAUAACAUAGAACAGACUACCUCGCACCUUUCAGUAGUUCGGGUUUUAGGAAAGUGUUUUUGACGAUCAAUAACCACUAUUUUGGUUUUGUUGUAGCGUGUUGUAGUUAACCAUAAUCAUAGAUGUUUUAGUUAACCAUAACCAUACAUGUUGUAGUUAACCAUAACUUAGCACUCUUUACGUCGAGAUUUUUUAAUACGUUAGUAAUUUCUUCUGCAGUAGAGGCUAGAAGUGUAGCGUCGUCUGCGAAACGCAAGUUAGAUAUGUUUGGCCUAUCAGUGAUCCAUGUUUUCAUUUCCGGUGGUAUAUGUAGGUAUGGUAGGAUAUUUCGUAUUAUUUAUUCAGUGAAGAUGAGUACUGGUGUCAUUAUACCUUAGUUCACCUGAGACACCUGAAUAUUUUUUCCUUGCGAUACUUUUCCGGGCUUCUCUCAUGUUUGUAUGUUAAAUGAAUAGCGUCCUUGAAGAUUGUAAUUCUUUAGUCAGUGCGUAAAAUUAGGUUGGAUAACUACUAAAGCUACGAACCUACUAUAAGGCUUUAUCUACAUACAUAUAAUCUCUUUUAUAUGGGCUUAUUUGAGGUUGGACCUCACCUAAAAUCUGGACAUCCUAGUAGAACUGUUCAACGCUAUCUAUACUACGGGAAUCAUCCCUAGAGAAAUGUUGACAUCAGCAUUUGUGUAUUUGCCAAAGAAAGUGAAUGCAAAAUAAUGCAGUGACUACCGAAUCAUAAGCUUAAUGUCACAUACCUUAAAAAUUCUGCUGAAAAUUAUCCACGCCAGGAUACACUGUAAACUGGAGCUGGAUAUUAGUGACACUCAAUAUGGGUUACGCAAUGGUAUGGGUACCAGAGAGGCAUUAUUCUCCUUCAACGUGCUGACAGAGAUGUUUGGAUGUUAAUCGUCUUCUUUACAUCUGUUUUAUAGACUGCAAUAAAGCGUUUGAUAAAGUAAAACAUGAUCGACUCAUAGAAAUUUUGAAAACUAAAAACCCUAGAUGAAAGAGAUUUAAGACUAAUAACACACCUCCAUUACAAUCAGUAAGCAAAGCAAUAGUAAGAAUUAAAAAAGAAACAUCCUGAAGAAAUGGAAAUAAGGAGAGGAGUCAGGCAAGGCUGCAUACAACACCUCUAUUAUUUAACGCUUAUUCUGAAGAGGUAAUGCGAGAAACUCUGGAAGAUGAAACAGUCGGCAUAAGAGUAAAUGGAGUCUUAGUUAACAACAUCAGAUAUGCAGAUGAUACAGUAAUAAUAGCCGAUAGUUUUCAAGACCUGCAAAUACUCUAGUAAAAUAGUAAGGUGUGGUAGGGAGUACGGAGUACUCAAUAUCAAAAAGACGAAGUUUAUGAAAAUUAGUAAAAACAACCAUAAUAAUAACCAAAUCUUGAUAGUAGAGGGCCAGCAGAUCGAAAGAGUAAAAAAGUACACUUACCUAGCAACACUUAUAACAGAAAAUAAUGACUACACUGCAGAAAUCAAAGUCAGAAUCGAAAAAGCACGUUCUAAUUUUAUGAAAAUGAAAAAGGUCCUACGUAGCAAAGAUUUAACAUUAGCUCUUAAAGUACGCCUAACAAAAUGUUAUGUAUACAGUGUAUUAUACUAUGGAGUGGAAUCAUGGACGUUAAAUGUAGAGACAAUGAGACGACUUAUCGCCUUUGAAAUGUGGACCUAUAGAAGAAUUAUGAGGGUUUCCUGGGUAGAUUAGUUACGAACAACGAAGUACUGAGAAGAAUAGGUAAAGAGAAGGAAGUUGAACUUACAAUUAAAGAAAGAAAACUACAGUAUCUCGGACAUGUGAUGCGGGGCGAGAAGUAUGGCAUGCUGCGACUCAUAAUGCAAGGAAAGAUAGAUGGCAGAAGAAGCAUCGGAAGAAGACGAAUUUCAUGGCUGAAGAAUCUAAGAGAAUGGUUUGGAUGCAGCACAAAACAACUAUUUAGAGCUACUGCAUCAAAAAUUUAAACAGCUAUGAUGAUUGCCAACCUCCGUAGCGGAGCUGGCACCUGAAGAAUUUGAGGUUGCCCCUUUUAAUUUCCUUUUCAAAAAUGGUACUACUUAUUCUUGUUUUUAAAAUUAUCUAAAAAUAACAACGAAACUUUUUUAUAGACGUCCAAAAACAAUAAAAUAAAACUUUUACUAAUUUGUGAAACCAUUUUUAACAUAUAAAUAGGUAAAAAUAAACGUUAUCAUUAAAACAUAUAAAAUUAUUAUCUUUAUAGUAAAGAGGUUAUCAUAUUUUUGAACCACCCUGUAGGUAAAAUGUUGAAAUGCGAGUAGCGAUUGUUCUGCGUUGAUUUUCCGUCCAAACAUGUCCAAAUAUGGCGCAUGUGCAGCUCAAAAAGAGCUAAAAAUGGGUAUGAUGGGUGCGGAUCGCGGGUGAUCAGGCCGAAAAACAUACUGUGUAUUAAUAUGUUUACCGGCCGCUUUCGGGGACUAUUAUAAAACAUAUCAGCUUAAUUAUUGAUAAAUUAUAAUACCUGUUAAUAUAUGCAAUCCGACCUUUAUUAAAUGUCGUCUUGUAACUGUGUUUUUUAUCUUCAGAGUUAAGUGUAAAUUAUAUGUUCUCGUCAAAUUUAUUGUGGAAAAUACUUUGUGACCUUGAUGUAAAACCUUAACAAAAAGUUCAGUUAUAUUUAUUUAAAAUAUUUAAAAUUAAAAGAAACAAAAAUUUAGGAAAAAACAAUAAAACAAUAUGGUUGCCUCACGUGGGUAGAUUUUGAUAUUAAAUAUUGACACCAAAUAUAGAUAUUAAAUGGUACUCUAUUAUGUAUUAAACGGCUCAAUGAAAUUAAUGUAUCACUCGGUAUAUUAAAAAGAUUUGGUUUGAUUUAUUGAUAUGUAAUUAUUUUCGCUUUAAUAAACAUUGUUAGGAUUAUUAAUGAACGAUAUAAAUAAGAUUCCGUUAAAUGUGAAAGUUAUUGCAAAGAAACUAAAAUGUUUAUUAUCCGGCUCGAGGGACCAAAUAUAUGAAUUCGAAUAUACAAAGUCCGAAGUUCUCUAUCGACGAUGUGAAAUAAUUCGAAGCCGUGGAGUAAAUGAUUUCGUAAAUGACAACGUCAUUUAAUUUCGAGCUAUACCAUAAAUAUAAUGAAAUAGUCGAAGCCAUGUAGUUACUGCAAUAAAAAUUAAACGCCUACAGUCGGGAGGACAUCGGGUCAAAGCAAAUGAUAGCUAUCCUGCAAAAUGUACUCUAUUUUCUAAACCCGGGUGUACUAUAUAUCGAGGUAAAUAAAGGUUGAAAUAGACGAAUAGUGUGCAUAUGGAUGCCAGGAAAACUGGUCGGACAAACUGACACAAAUCUGCAAAGAAUAAGACUAAAUAGAGAAAUAAGCUGACGAAUAUUGGGGCUCAAUUAAUGUCUGCUAUGUAGUAGACAUUGCUGUACAGCUGUCACACAAGAACAAAUGUGUGACAUCUAGGUACUAUCUGACAAUAAAAACGAAGAUUGUUUUAUAGAUAGAGAUGUACAUCAGAUUAAUCACGAUAUAUUGAGACAAUAACUGUAGAUAUUCUUGAAAUUAGUUGAAUAAACAAGUUUAAGUAAUUUUAUUUGCAGUUUAUAUAACACUAAUAUUAAAAGUGACAUUCGCCAUUUGAACCUAACCUCAUCCCGUGAGUGAUGACCCGUGAGUAAUGAACUAUUACUCACGGGUACAGUAAUGGGUGCUAUUGUCUAUUCAAAAAUAGUGAAUAAUGAGCAUGUUAUUAAACGGUCGUAGAAAAAUUAAUGUAUUGUCGUUUAAACCCGAUGCAUUAAACAACCCGAAGUUUUGUUGGAAGAGUAGUUUUUCUGUAAGAGGGGAUAAAGACCUCAUACAGACAUGUUUGUGUCAAACUCAUCGUUUGCGGACAUUCUUAAGCAAAAUGUACCAGCUGCAUUCAAUACCUGUCACCUACAGAGUGCAAAUUUAGAAUAAAAUAAAUUGACUAAUUAACACAUUUCAUAGUAAAUUUACCAAAAGGUUUAUGCUGUCUGAUUUUUUUAUUAUUGUGUCAAUUUCUUGAGCUAGUUUAAUAAUUAAUCUACAAACUAAUCAGAAAUGAUUAAAUAAUCUUCGUAAUAUCAUACAUAGGGCCGGUUGUUCGAACGCUAUUCAAAACUGAUCAUUAUCAAAUAUUUAAUUACAAUUAUAUUUGAUUAAGCGUACUUCUGACAUAUGUCGCAUUUUGAGGUUAUGCUGACUGAUUUAUUUUAUUAUUUUGGUUUUAAUUUAAAAUAAAACAUAAUUAAACUCUUUCUGAUGUUAAUUUCUUGUUUUUACUUACAAAUCAAUAAUAAUAAUAAGCAAUUUUUAAUAAUUUAAGAGCUGCGGCUAUAUUUUAAUUACUGUUUUACCUACAAUCAAUAACUGAUUAGUGUGUUACAUGUAUUUUUCAUGUCGCGAUUUGAUUUGAAUAAAUGAUUGAUUAUAAUCAACUUCUUGAUUAGCGUUCGAACAACCGGCCCUUAAUGUAACCAAAUUACAACAAUUUAGAAAUAACAUAAUAUGCUUUUUGAAUCAUUUAAGAUAUUCAUAAGAAUAAUUUAGUACAGUUGUCUAAAAAAUUACUUGUUGCUUCUCUAGUAACGAAAAAAGUUGAAAUAGAGUCUCCACUAUUACAAGAGAAAUAAAAAUAGACUUGUCUUAAGUUUUCAAAAGAUUUUAUUACGAAUAAAAUUCAUGUAACUGAUGCUACGGGUUCCUUUGUGAAAAACAUAAAUACCAACUCUAAUAUUAAUAAAAUUAUUUAAAAUAAACGAUGGAAUAUGAAUUUCAACAAUUAUACGAAACAUAAACAAAUGUGAUCUAUGGCAAAUGAUUUUUUUGAAACGCAAAGGAAUACAAAGAAACAAAAUAUAGAGAAAUAGAAGCUCUAGAAGAAGAAAGAUUUAAAAAUUACGUCACUUACAGUUUUUAAUAGAAGCCCAUCAAUGUGAUCUUGUAAGAAUUGCUAAAUUUUGGAUAAAGUUAAAUAAUCAACGACUAUGAAUAAAGAUGAGAUUGUUGCAUUCUAAAAAAGAUAAUUUUUUUUAAGUUUUAAAUCAACCCAACUAUCCAAGAGUGGAUCCAGGACAGACUUUCAAGGGGAGGGGGCAUGAACUUUUUUGGGGGAGGGGCGGGGGAAAAUUUUUAAAAAUUAGGGUUAAAAUGGUGAGUUUUAAGGCACUUUUCACACAUACUUUUAAGUGCCAUAAAGACAUGAAAAACGUAUCGUUAUUAAAGUAUUCUUAUUUGUCUAAUAAAGAAAAUCGCCAAUUUUUGUUUAAAUUCUCAUUUAAAAAUGGGGGGCAUGGCCCCUGGACCCCUCUGUGGAUCCGCCCAUGCAACUAUCUCAGUUGUUCUUGGAUUUAUGUUUUUUAAUAAUUUCUAGUGAAUGAAAAAUAAUUGUGUUAAAUCGUAUUGUUAAGGUUAUGCAGCCAAGGAUAAAUAAUGUGAUAAAAUUAUCAACGGUUUUAUAACUAGCCACAAUCGCCUUCUCUGCUUUAGGUAAUAGGUUUAUGGAAAAACACCACUUUCUAAACAUAUCAUGAUCUGUGCCCCUUUGUCAAGUGACGUCUUAAAUUGUAGCAAUUAAUAAAUAUAAAUGAAAAAGAUUUGAUAAUAUUUAAGAUAUGAUUAUGAAUUUACAAUUUAAUAUUAAAUAAGAAAAACCAAUCUUUUCAAGCAGUCAUUUGUUCAAUAUGUUUAAGGAAAUGCGUUACUUAUUUACAUUGUAUUCCAACUUUUCAAGUCAAUAUGUCGUUAACAGUAGUUUUAAGUACACAACGCUGUAUUGGAUCAGAUCGUAGUUCAAGCAUUAUACUUAUUUUUUUAAACAAAAACUCGAAACUACUUACUCAUAUAGGAAUAUGGGAUAGAAGACCAACUACCAUAGUUAAUCAGGAUAACCAGAUAGUGCUAGGUGAAAAAGAGAAAAUUCAUAUAUGGGAAAACUAUAUCCAGGAGCUCUUUCAUAACGAAAGACCCAUGAGUGAAGACGACCAGCUGACUGGCGCUUCAAUCACUAAAGAGGAAAUAGAAAAGGCAAUAUUAUAUUCAAAAAACAAUAACGCACCUGGACCAGAUGAAAUCCCUUCAGAAAUACUCAAACUACUGGAUGAAAGUGGACAAAACUGGUUGCUAUCCUCAACAGUGGUUGCUCUCUACAUUUAUUCUCCUAUCCAAAAAAGUCCAUGCAAAAAGAUGUGAGGAUCACAGACUCAUUAGCCUGAUGAGUCACAUUUUAAAAAUAUUCUUGAAAAUACUACAUCAAAGAUUAUACAAAAAAUGUGAAUGGGACAUCAGUGAUUCUCAGUUUGGGUUUAGGCAAGGUUUAGGAACAAGAGAAGCCAUAGUAGCAACACAGGUGUUGGUCCAAAAUUGUUACGAUCAGAGGAAGGACGUAUUCCGGUGCUUUGUAGAUUACGAGAAAGCGUUUGAUCGUGUCUAACAUCACAAGUUAAUGCAGAUCCUCAAGAAGCUUGAUACAGACCAAAAGACAUAAGAUGCAUUGAAAACUUGUACUGGUAUCAGGCAGCACAAUUAAAAAUAGGGAAUUCUAUAUCCAAACCCAUACAUAUAAGAAGGGAUGUUCGGCAAGGAUGUGUCUUUUCCCCUCUUUUAAUGAACAUUUAUUCGGAAGCCAUAUUUCAAGAGUCUUUGGAAGAUGUAGAGAUGGGAAUCAAAGUGAAUGGAGUAUUGAUCAACAACAUACGAUAUGCUGAUGAUGCUGUCUUAGUUUGUGACAACGUAGCAGAUCUUCAACAACUUGUCACUAUAAUCGGAGAAUACAGUAAGCGAAUAGGAUUAGAGAUUAAUACCAAAAAGACCAAAUUAAUGAUCAUCUCCAGAAACUUGGAUGUAUUUGAAAACUCCACCAUAACACCACCAUACUAAGUCCAUUGAAAGAGUGAGCAAAUUUAAAUACCUGGGAACGUGGCUUUUUGAAGACUGGGCAUCGAACAGGGAAGUAAAAUGUCGCAUUGAGCAAGCUCGACAAGCUUUCGUAAAAUUCAGGAAGGUACUGACCUGCUCAGAGUUCGACCUUACACUGAGACUAAGGUUUACUAAAUGCUACGUGUGGUCGGUGCUGCUAUAUGGCAUAGAGGGCUGGACACUUAAAACGAGGGAUAUAAACAGAUUAGAAGCUUUCGAAAUGUGGCUUUAUCGCCAUAUCCUAAAGAUACCAUGGACAGCAAAAGUCACAAAUGUAGAUGUCCUUAAAAGAAUCAACCAAGAACGCCAGCUUUUCGAAAACAUCUCAAGAAAAGAAAAACGGCGUAUUUGAGUCACAUCGUGAGAAACGAAAAAUACCAGUUCCUUCAGCUUAUAAUCCAGGGUAAAAUUGAAGGCAAGACAGGAAUAGGACGCAAGAAAAUAUCCUAGCUCCGAAACAUAAGGCAAUGGACAGGGAUUAACGACAUACAAUCUCUGAUACGCAUUGCAAGAAACAGAGAGUUAAUGGAAAAUGUGAUCGCUAACAUCCAUUAGUGGAUUUGCAUUUGAAGAAGAAGAGAAGAAGACAAAGAAUAAUUUGCAAUUGUAGUAACCAACCUCUAUUGAGGAGAGAAUACUUUAAGAAGAAAUGUUCACAGAAAUAUUCAUUAAUUUUAAAUUGAUAUUACCACAAAUAGACAAAAAACAAAAAACAGGUCCAAACUACUAAUAGAAAAACCUUACAGUGAAGAUGUAAAUUCUUUAGCAUAUCUCAUCUGCACAAGAUACUUAUGGUACUUGAGACAUCUUUUGUACUUUACUAGACUAUUGGAUACUAGAUAAUUCCACGAAUAAACAAAAAACUGGUCCAAACUCCUAAUAGAAAAACCUUACAGAGAAGAUGAAAAUUCUUUAGCAUAUCUCAUCUGCACAAGAUAUUUAUGGUACUUGAGACAUAUUUUGUACUUUACUAGACUAUUCUGCCUUUAUUCACAAACACAAAUAAUACAGUUCUGAAGUUCUAGUUAGAUAUACCUACUAAAUCAGAGUAAAAUAAAAGUUCAAUAACAAACUAAACAUACUUCAAACGAAAUUCGUUUUAAAAUUUUGAUUAGCUAGUUUUAUAAAUUAAACAAACUAUGAUAGUCUCAUAAUAAUUAUUUAAACAUUUACAAUUCAUUUAGCUAUAAAUAUUGUCAAUUACAUACAUUUUUACUGGUAGAUUUUACCCAAUUCAAAUCUGAUCCCAUACAGAAUGUGGUAAUAGCAUUUCCAAAAGAAUGUUUAUGUGGUGAAUAAGAAAAACAUUCAAUAGUUAAUAUGAUUUUGAACACAAAAAUUUAAUUUUACAUUCAUUAUCUUUACUAAUAACUAGCAAAUAGAAAAUACAAAAUGCUAGGGACAUGUAACAAUGACAUUGAUUUCCAGUCAAUGUUUAAAUUUAUUCAUCACAUAACUAAAUAAAAUAGAAUAAACUAAUGUUGAGUAUUGCAUAACGAGCUAUUAUAUUUUGAAAAUAGAUAGUUUGCGCAUAAGUGUAUUAGUUAUAAACAUAAAUAACUUGUCCAACGUGUCUUAAAUUAGAAAUAAAAGUUCUAAAAUACGGUAAGUUUUAGAACCUUAAUAAGGUUAUAGUACUUACAGAGCAAUAUUCAACAUUACUUUUGAGCGUUUGACAACUAAGACAUUACAAUAAAAGUUGUAGAGCUUAUUUUAUCAGACUUACGGUCGACUUUUAUUGUUUUUUCUACUGAAUCAACUGUGUCAACCACCUUCUGGCUUAACUGGUUUCGGUGGUAACAUCAGUACUAGAAAGCUGCUAAUAGUUUAUCAAAUAUAGCAGCAGUGAACCGCCAGUGUUUGAAUGAAAACAAAAAAGUUCUAUUAUUAUCUUUUAUUGAGAGAAACCAAGUAGACUAAAGAAAACGACGAUUUUUUCUUUCAUUUGUGAUUUAUACAUAUAUGGUGUAUGUAACACUUGAAUGUAUUGUUACCUUAUUAAAUAAAAAAGCCGAAUUUUUUAACCAAAAAUAUAUAUAUUUCUAUUCGCCGAAUAAAUAUAUUUCAGUAUUUAUAUUUUUCAUUAAGUACACGAUGUGUUUUUCGUUGUGAUAAUAAGUAUACUUGGUUUAUUUGACUAGAGUAUAAUAAAAUGUAUUAAUAGACUUAGUAAUAGUCCAGAUGCUGGCUUAUCGAUGAACCUGGGGACUGUCAGAAAAGGAUCCCCUGACCUUAGCCUUAGUAGUCCUGUAUUGACCAGGGAAUGCAUAUCUUUAUAUUAAAAUAAUGAAGUCUGUAGGAGUAAAUAAACUUAGUUCUAUGUAAAAUGUGUGGAAAUUGUUGGUCUAGAGUUUUAAGUACAAUUGAACAAUAUAUUGGGUACCGCAAGACCUUUUCCCGGGUCUGUUAUAUUGUUGAUACUAGUCAGAUUAAUCGUAUUAAAUACCCACCCCACCAUCUUGCCCCUCUCUUAUUCUGAAAGAAGCAUUCCAUACAAAGAUUGUAUUUUACCUGACAACGUACUUAGAUUUAAAAAAAAAACAUUGUAUAGGGUCCAAAAGAUGGGAAAAUAAAUAUGUAUUACAUG